AUUUCCGGUGCCGCUCGCCUCUCGCGGCUGAAGUGAUGGAUGCGUUUCGGAGGUCUGGUGUUUUCUGUCGGCUGCCCUUUCCCCCUCUCCUGAAAAUGACGGAGUGAUAACUUGGCAGGCGGGAAACAGGAGGACGCGUAUUAAGAGUGCAGAAGUUAAUAGGAUCCCAUCUGAUUACCCGCGCGGCUUGUGGCUAUCAAGAAGCAUUAAUCGGUUCUGUAAAGCACAGGCAUAAUUCUCUCUAACCCAUCCAAAGAUGGACAGUGAAGUACAGAGGGAUGGGAGAAUCCUGGAUUUGAUUGAUGAUGCAUGGAGAGAAGAUAAGUUACCAUAUGAAGAUGUGGCAAUACCAUUGAAUGAGCUGCCUGAACCAGAACAAGAUAAUGGUGGAACAACAGAAUCAGUAAAAGAACAAGAAAUGAAAUGGACUGACCUGGCUUUGCAAUAUCUUCAUGAGAACAUUCCUCCAACAGGAAAUUAGUCUUUCAGUACUACUUCGUGCAGUAAUUUCUCUGCAGAGAUGUUUCUGGUGGCUCUUUGUCAGCUUUUAUUAACCUACUGCAAGAUGGAACAAAAACAUUUACUAGUUGGAUCCCAGGAGAUAUAUGCACGCAUAACAUCUGCAUACAAUGUGUGUUAAGUGGCCAUUUAUUAAAAUAUAGUUCAAAUACCAUA